UUGUUUUUCAGUAUGUUCUUCAGAUCGCUAUGGACCAAACUGCGCUAAAUGCAGAACAGAGUGUGUGUCUUGUAGUCCUAUAACAGGUGUCUGUAACCAAUAUCAUGGAGCGUUCUAUGGUGACUUCUGUCUGAACCAAUGUCCGACAAAUUGUCUCAAUGCAAAGUGUGACCAGACAUCAGGGACGUGUGAGGGCUGUAUAGAGGGUUAUUAUGGAAAGUGUUGCACUCAUGAAAUCACUACAGCGUCAACAAUUAAAGGUUCAUUGCCCGUACCUUAUAGUACUUUCAUGCCUAGAUAUCCCUGAAAAUCAAAAUCGUAAGAAACUACCUGAGUAAAAGAAAACAUAUAUUUAUUUUGCUAUAUAUGUACAUAUAGCUUUGGCCCCGCGGUUUUCAUAUUUUACUCUCUAAUUAAGGGAUGUUUUGUUACAAACUUAUAUUUGAAUGAAUAGAUAUAUUCAAUAUCAAAACUCAGAUAAGCAUGACACGAAUCAAAGAAUUUAGUUUAAGUGCAACGGUAUACGUAUUGAGUACUCAAUUUCAACCCUAUAUCAAUGACAUUAUCUUAUGAUAGUGAUAUUCUAAAUGUUUGAAAUACAAUUACAAAGCAUACCACUCGGUAGUUUUUUUGUUUGUUUUUUUGUUUUUUGUUUUUUUUAGGUACAGAAGCUAAAGUGUUCACGCGAAAAACCAACAAUGACGAGAUCAGCACUAACUGUGAUGAGGACACCACCAUUACUGACAAAAUGGUUGCCGAACAAGAUACGGAAAGAGUGGUAUAUAGCCUGACUGUCAUAUUGCUGACUGUUCUCGUGGUGUUAAUUCUGGUAUUGAUCCUAACUGUGGUUGUCCUCUUCAACAAAAGCAAGAAAACAGGAAAAUACAAAACAGAAAAAGAAAAUGGCCUCCUCGUGGAAUUCCAUAGAGUGGAGUCACGAAAUGAGUCGGAGCUGGAGGAGAUUCCUCAGGACGAGUAUAUCUUCGUAGAGGAGGAAAUCGUUACCGUAGAGUACAGUAAUUUGAUGUCGCAAAGAAUUUCUAUUGAUCAAUUCAUCAGAGAAUUACCAGAGAAAAAGGACAACGAAGUACUAGCGAAAGAAUUCAAUGAUCUUCCCACUGGACUACUAAAAUCUUAUUCGAAUGGUGUGAGGCAAUCCAACAGAACGAGAAACCGAUACAGAGGCAUUUAUCCAUAUGACUAUAAUCGUGUGAAGUUGAUGAGAGAAGAUUUAAAUGACAGCGAUGACUUUGUCAAUGCACCCUACAUUAAUGGUCUCAACAAGGAUCGAAGCUACAUCGCUGCGCAAGGUCCUUUCACCCCCGAGACGUUAGAGGAUUUCUGGAGCGUGAUCUGGCAGAACGACUCAACACAGAUCGUUAUGCUGACUAAUCUUUACGAGGGAGACAGAAUGAAGUGCCUGAAGUACUGGCCGGACACGCUGCUGGACAUUGGUCCUUACGUCAUCACACUAAACACUGUGGACGUGUAUGAUCACUAUGUCCUGCGAUAUAUGACUGUUCAACAUCAGGAUGAAGAGAAGAGGGUAACACAGUUCCACUUCACCACUUGGCCGGACAACUCCGUCCCAGAUGAUAAGACGUCACUCAUAUGCUUCCGCAACCUAAUAAGAAAUGGACUGAGCAUUUCAGAUUGGCCAGUGGUCGUCCAUUGCAGCGCCGGGAUUGGUAGAACAGGGACGUUUAUAGCCCUUGAUUAUCUCCUGGAAGAGAGCGUUACGGAGCUGACCAUUGAUGUCAAGGGAUAUGUUGCUUCUCUAAGACAACAGCGGGUAGGAUCUGUAAAAACAUGAGUAAGUGCUAUCUCUCUUUUAACAUAAAGAACGAGGUAAUACCAUCUAAUGAAUGAAACAAAUAUAUUUGAUUAAUUCAUUUUUUUUAUAUUCUCAUUCAUCAUAUACAGGGGAUGUUUACUCCUCCCAGACACCUGAUCCCACCUCUGAUGUGUCCAGGGGUCCGUGUUUGCUCGACUCUCUGUUUUAUAUUGCGUAUAGGAGUUAUGAGAUUGAUCACUGUUUGUUAUCUUCGCCUUUCAUACAUAUGUACAUAGCAAUUUAAUACAAUGAACGUGUCUGAACAACAGGUUAGAUAUGCCUUUAAACCCAUUAAAGGAAUUUUAGCUUUAAAUCUGAAAAAUUUAUUUUGUUGUAAAAUGUGAUAAUAUUGUAGUUUUGUAUGUAAAUUUAACCCUAAUCAUUGAAAAAAUUGAAAAUAAAAUUUAAGAUUUUAUCAAAAACAAUGUAUAGUUUUAAUUUGCUUCUUUUCUAACACAAAUAUCAACAACAAAAGUUUAGAUUCUUAUUUUUGUUUGUCUUUGAAAUAGCAUAUCAUAAGUUUACAACAAACAUUUCCGACACCAAAUUGGCAACUAAUAUUGUCAUCGAUCUUUUGACGUUGGGGAGCAGACGUUUGUGAAUCAAGUGAUUUCGGUUUAGAAAAUGAAGUUGAAACCUCGAAUAAUUAAAAGCAAUGUAAAAGCAAUCACUCUUGUAACUGUGUACUAGUAGUUAAGUCCAACAAUAGGUGGAUAUUUAUGAUACCAUAAAGGCAUCUAACCAAGCUGAGGAUGUGAGCAUGCAGUUGUGUAUCUUUGGGUUGGUGGGUAGGUGCAUACCUGCCUGUGUGUUUUGAUUAAAUUAUUGUUCGAAUUAAAAGCAUAUAGCUACAAUCUAUCAAAGUGGUGAGUAGGUAUAAAUAACACGAAGCUUAAACUAAAAAUACGAAAUUAAUGGACUCUGGGUUGGAAUAUUCAGGCUAGACAGCGGAGCAUAGUUCAGAUUUUGGACAUUUGACCUUCAUCUGGUUAUCUUCAUUUGACCUUCAUUUGGUGACCAUUUAUAGUGAUUAUAGCGUUUGCUUUGUGGCUGGGAAAUCAAAGGUUCAAUCACUACUCUACCAAACAAAAGAUUUAUAUAAGUGGGUGAUUCCUCUGUUGCCAUACACUUGGCAUUUAGAAGUUAGGGUCGCGGGUCCUUCAGCAUUAUACUUUGUAAACCGAGAUUCCACAACACUCAGGUGUGAGUAUACGUAGUACAAAGAACUAUCACUGCCACGGCCGAGAGUGCCAUGCUUGGGUACAAAAGUUGGGGUUCUUUACCUACAGAUAGUGAAGUCUAAAUAUAAGUUUUAAAAAUCCCAGAAAGGAACGGUCGUUAAGACUUAAAAAAAACUUAACAAAACCAUCGGGUGACAUCCUUGUUUAAGAUUGAAAGGUUCUCGAAUGCGACACAAAGGAAGAAAUAAAUGCUAGUAAACAAACACAGCCUUCUCAAAAGGAGAGGUUAGAAGCUUAAAUUUGGUAAGGACGCUUAUAAAGAAUAUGUCGUGACCAUAAAUCAAUGUCACUAAACAUAGCAAAUCUUAGUGUCUUAGUGUCAAGCACAGCAUAACCAUUCAGUAUUUAUGUGUAGCGAUGAUUCAUGAUCUACUUCCUGCUUAUACCGGUUCUUUUCUUAUUUUUAGGAGCAGUACAUCUUUCUCCAUGAUGCACUGGUUGAAGGACUUACAAACAUGAAUGUUUGUCAUAGCUGUCUAUCUGUGCUGUAAUGCUGUUUUGUCAGCCCGCGCUGUCUGUUCUAAUAUUAUGGAUUUUCAAACUGUAUAUGCGUUUCUGCGGAAAUAAUGUUUUCAUUUCUCCCUGAUUAAUGUAAAUUUUAAAAUAUUUCAUAUUUCCAAAAUUUAUAGGAUACGCACUUAAUUGGGGAUUGAACAUACUGUUAAUAUUAGCCUUAAAAUUGCAUUAUCUCUAGAAAUCAAUUGAGCGUAUUAGCAUAGAAAAAUAAUAAACAUUAGAAUAAUUGUCAAAUUGUACUAUAUUAAUAUUGUUUGAGG